CUUUCUGGCUUCAUUGCGCAGGCAUAGAACCAUCUCGACGAGGGCGUUCGGACGGGAAGAUCAGGCUGUGUCUAUCUAGGCCGCUGUCCGGGAAAUCCGAGACGUUUUUCCAGCUUAGCAGGACCGACUUCGCGGGUCUGAGCUUGCCUCCGCGUAAGAUUGCGCUCCGGGUCUCCUGCCGCCGGCGACCAGUGGCGUAACUCGGGAGGACAUUCUGAGCAGAGCACUGGUUCAGACUCCGAGGUGCUCACCGAGCGGACUUCCUGCUCCUUCAGCACUCACACUGACCUGGCCUCUGGUGCUGCAGGCCCUGUGCCUGCUGCCAUGUCUUCCAUGGAGGAGAUUCAGGUGGAGCUGCAAUGUGCUGACCUCUGGAAGAGGUUCCAUGAUAUUGGAACCGAAAUGAUCAUCACCAAAGCAGGCAGGAGGAUGUUUCCUGCCAUGAGAGUGAAAAUCACUGGCCUGGAUCCACACCAACAGUACUACAUAGCAAUGGACAUUGUGCCUGUGGACAAUAAGAGAUACAGAUAUGUGUAUCAUAGCUCCAAGUGGAUGGUGGCCGGCAAUGCCGAUUCCCCGGUGCCCCCAAGAGUUUAUAUACACCCUGAUUCUCUAGCUUCUGGAGACACCUGGAUGAGACAGGUGGUCAGUUUCGACAAACUCAAGCUGACCAACAAUGAAUUGGAUGAUCAAGGACAUAUCAUUCUUCACUCUAUGCACAAAUACCAGCCUCGAGUUCACGUGAUUCGCAAGGACUUCAGCAGUGACCUUUCACCCACCAAGCCUGUCCCUGUUGGCGAUGGGGUGAAAACAUUCAACUUUCCUGAGACUGUGUUCACCACAGUCACGGCCUAUCAGAACCAGCAGAUCACCAGAUUAAAAAUUGACCGAAACCCCUUUGCUAAAGGAUUCAGAGAUUCUGGGAGAAACAGAACUGGACUUGAAGCCAUCAUGGAGACGUAUGCAUUCUGGAGACCUCCUGUGCGCACACUUACCUUUGAGGAUUUCACCACCAUGCAAAAGCAGCAAGGGGGCAGCACAGGCACUUCCCCAACCACCUCCAGCACUGGGACACCAUCCCCUUCAGCUUCUUCUCAUCUUUUAUCUCCAUCCUGUUCUCCUCCAACUUUUCAUCUGGCCCCCAACACUUUCAACGUGGGCUGUCGAGAAAGCCAGCUGUGUAAUCUAAACCUCUCUGAUUAUCCACCAUGUGCCCGAAGCAACAUGGCUGCCUUGCAGAGCUACCCAGGGCUGAGUGACAGUGGCUACAACAGGCUCCAGAGUGGCACUGCUUCAGCCACUCAGCCCUCUGAAACCUUCAUGCCUCAGAGGACUCCAUCCCUGAUCUCAGGAAUACCAACUCCUCCCUCGUUGCCUGGCAACAGCAAGAUGGAAGCCUAUGGUGGCCAGCUGGGGUCCUUCCCCACAUCCCAGUUUCAGUAUGUCAUGCAGGCAGGCAAUGCUGCUUCCAGCUCCUCAUCACCACACAUGUUCGGGGGUGGCCACAUGCAGCAGAGCUCCUACAACGCCUUCUCCCUCCACAACCCCUACAACCUGUAUGGAUAUAAUUUCCCCACCUCUCCUAGGCUAGCUGCGAGCCCAGAAAAACUGAGCGCCUCUCAAAGCACUUUACUCUGUUCUUCUCCUUCCAACGGGGCCUUUGGAGAGAGGCAGUAUCUGCCCUCGGGGAUGGAGCACAGCAUGCACAUGAUUAGCCCUUCGCCCAAUAAUCAGCAGGCAACCAACACCUGCGAUGGCCGGCAGUAUGGGGCGGUCCCCGGCUCCUCCUCCCAGAUGUCUGUACACAUGGUUUAAAGGCCAGUCUGAACACCAUGGAGUCUACGGCAGUCAAGUCCCCAGAGUCUCCAUGGGCAGAUCCUUCUCUUUUGGAGCUCAAUGCCUUUGGAAAACAGGAACUGUGUAUUUUUUUUUUUUUUUUUCUGGAGGAGGAAAACACAUACCCAAGAACAACAGAGACACCUUUAAGCCACUGAAGCAUAGUGGUAGAAUCAUCCACAACUCAGUGGCCAUUCUUCUGCCUUCCCAAACCUUAGUUUUAUAAAGCAUUGUCUGCUCCAGAGUGGCCUUUGAAGAGACUGAAUAAUCACUUCAUAAUAACAUUAAGGGAGAUGCUAGCAUGUAGCAGCCAAGAAAAGUUAUACACACACACACAUACAGACCUACCUAUACAUACAUACAUGAAUACGUACACACACACAUACAUUCAUACACAAACUUGUACGUGCACAAACAUACAUGCACACUGACUCUGAACUGGGCGAACUCCGUAGAGGGAGGCCCAGCAUGGGUGCUUUCACCAAGAAUUUGUCUAUGUACAAUUCUAAAUGGACUGGCCGGCGGUAGCUGCCAGCCUUUCUCCCCUGCAGCUUCCCCUGUUUCUGGAAUGAACCAUGUGUCCUGGAACCCCUCCCCAUCGACGAGGGUGGGAAGACAUCUACCGCAACUGGACUUGGCCUCCGGAAGAAGAUUGCUUUUGAACUUUGGCUGUCUUCACUCAGCGUGCUGUCUUUGACGUUCUGGUGGCGCCUGUGGAAAAGAGAGAGUGAGAGCAGCUGAACAGGAGAGGGAGAAAGAGAAAGAAUAGAGCGUGGAAGAGAGCUGGAGAGCGAGACUGAGAGAGAAAGUGCAAGCAAUGAUGAGAGUUUUAAUUCGCCAAGGAAAUUUGUUUUUGGUUUGUCCUCCCCGUCCCCCAACAGGUUAUGGAAAGAAUCAUGGCGUUACUGAGGAGCAAGCCUCUCUGGGACACUGCAUGGGCAGGGCACUGAGGAGGGCGGGCGAGGAAUGCAUCUGAUCCCACAGCUCCUACCUGUGCUAUCCAGAAGAGAGGUGCAGCAUGUGGGAAGUGCCGAUUCCACAGCAUGCAGCCUGGCAGGGAAGGGAAAUCGAAGGGUAUGAAGAAGGAAGAGUUUUAUAAUCUUGGCAGACGAUACCAAGAGCAAAGACAAAUAGAGGCCUGGCCUAGGCAUGCCAGAUCCAGAUACCCAGACAGCUGACCUGGAAUGCCUGCCCAUAGCUCCCAGGGCAGGAAAAAUCCCCUCACGUCCCAGGAAUUGCAGAUGGGUCUUCUGUACCCUUCCACCUGCCCUUAGAGCUCAUUUUCAUCAAAAUAGUUCAUUGCAUUUUGAAGUUUUGGGUUUUUUUCCCUUCAUCUUUCCCUUUCCCUUCAAAUCUUUUAAUGAUAAGAAAACAAGUGAAGCUUGGUGCAAGCUAAAAUUUUUAAAUGGUGUGGAAAUGCAAAUAAUACCAAGUAAAAUAAUACAGAUAUUAUUAAGAUUUUUGGUUUUGAGGUGUUGUAGAUAAAUGUAUUUAUGUGCUUAGUGGGGAAUCCAAUAUUAUGAAUAUUAAAAAAGGGGGCAAUAAAAGGGUAUGUAAAAUAUGUAUGAAGAAGAGGUGUAUAAAAAUUUGCCCUUAUGCGCGGAACUCUGUUUCUAAGUGCCAAGCACAGAAAGCCGCUAAAUAAAAUCUUUGCAAUUAUUUUC